UAGGGAAUAACCGGAGUGACACGUCGCAAACUCUCCAUAAUCAAGGAGACCUCUUUCCUGGGUGGUGAUCUCCAAAAAUUGCUCAGUGAGCACCCCUAAUUAACCUGAUUUUUUGCUGAUAAUCACUCACAAUGGAAUCAAAUCACAAAUCCGGGGACGGAUUGACCGGCACACAGAAAGAAGCCGCCCUCCGCGCCUUAAUUCAGCGAACGGGAUAUAAUUUGAUCCAGGAAAAUGGGCAGAGGAAAUACGGAGGCCCACCACCUGGCUGGGAUGGCCCUCCACCAGAGAGGGGGUGUGAGAUCUUCAUUGGGAAACUGCCCCGAGACCUCUUUGAAGAUGAACUUAUACCACUGUGUGAAAAAAUUGGCAAGAUCUACGAGAUGAGGAUGAUGAUGGACUUCAAUGGCAACAACCGGGGCUACGCCUUUGUGACCUUCUCCAACAAACAGGAAGCAAAGAAUGCAAUCAAGCAACUCAACAAUUAUGAAAUCAGGAAUGGGCGUCUCCUGGGAGUCUGUGCCAGCGUGGACAACUGCCGCCUGUUUGUGGGGGGGAUCCCCAAAACCAAGAAGAGAGAGGAAAUCUUGGCAGAGAUGAAGAAAGUCACGGAUGGAGUGGUGGACGUCAUUGUCUACCCUAGUGCAGCUGAUAAAACCAAGAACAGGGGGUUUGCUUUUGUGGAGUAUGAAAGCCACCGGGCAGCAGCAAUGGCCAGGAGGAAACUCCUCCCAGGAAGGAUCCAGUUGUGGGGACACCCUAUUGCUGUUGACUGGGCAGAACCAGAAGUGGAGGUGGAUGAAGACACCAUGUCAUCAGUGAAAAUUCUCUAUGUGAGGAAUCUCAUGCUCUCCACCACCGAAGAGACCAUAGAGAAGGAGUUCAACAGCAUCAAACCAGGUGCAGUGGAGAGAGUGAAGAAGAUCAGAGACUAUGCCUUUGUGCACUUCAAUAAACGAGAGGAUGCAGUGGAAGCUAUGAGAGCCCUGAAUGGGAAGGUGCUGGACGGGUCCCCCAUCGAGGUGACAUUAGCCAAGCCUGUUGACAAAGACAGCUACGUCAGGUACACCCGUGGCACUGGUGGCAGAGGCACCACGCUCCAAGGAGAAUACACCUACGCCUUCGGACACGUCUAUGACCCCACCACCGCCUACCUGGGCGCCCCGGUUUUCUACGCGCCCCAAGCCUACGCGGCCAUCCCCAACCUCCACUUCCCCCCCGCCAAGGGGCUCAGCAGCAGGAGCAUCAUCCGGCCCCCCUCCAUCCGAGAAAUUUACAUGAAUGUACCUGUAGGGGCUGCGGGAGUUAGAGGCCUGGGAGGCCGUGGCUACCUGGCGUACACGGGCCUGGGGCGUGGAUACCAGCUCAAGGGAGAAAAGAGGGGAGAGGAUAAACUCUACGACCUCUUGCCAGGCAUGGAGCUCACGCCGAUGAACCACGUCACCCUAAAGCCCCAGGGGAUCAAACUGGCUCCUCAGAUCUUAGAAGAAAUCUGCCAGAAAAACAACUGGGGCCAGCCCGUUUACCAGCUCCACUCUGCAAUUGGCCAAGACCAAAGGCAGCUCUUCCUAUACAAAAUCACCAUCCCUGCCCUUGCCAACCAGAACCCCACCAUACAUCCCUUCACACCGCCCAAGCUCAGCGCCUACAUCGACGAAGCCAAGACCUACGCAGCAGAAUACACCCUCCAGACCCUGGGCAUCCCCACGGAGGGGGCAGAGGUGCCUCCUGCAGCUCCAGCUUUUCCAGGAUACGCCAUCGCUAACGCCGCCGCCACCAUCACAGCCGCUCAGCUGAAACAAGCAGUGACAAUGGGACAAGACUUGGGGACCUACGCGGCGUACGAAGCCUACCCAGCCUUCGCCGUGGCCACGCGCAGCGACGCCUACGGGGCGUUUUAAUCCUGCCUUCCUACAGAUCCCCUUCCAUCCAGCACAGGCAGGGACAGGGGAAAAAAAACAACAACAACAAAACAAACAACCAAAAACCCAACAACCCCCAAAAUCUCAGUCUGGUAAUUCUUGCAACCCUCCUGAUUUUCAGCUCAUCCCAUCGCCUCAAGUUGGAUUUGCAGUCAGGAGUUGUGUUCUCCUAGGUUUACUUUUUAGUGUCAGAACAGUGUGUUGGGGGGAGGGAGGGAGAAGGAGAAAUUUAAAAAGAAAUUGCCUAAAAUCGGGUUUUCACGCUAGGAAGCAGAAUCUCGGUCCAGAAAAUGAGUGGUUCUCAGGUGUGUGUGUAUAUAUACACACACAGAGAUAUAUGUAUAUACACAUACACACCACUGUGUGCAUGUUUACAAGCAACAGCCUGUGCUCAAAACAGUUGGUCCCAUGGACACUGUGUGACAUGGGACAGGGGAAGGAUGUGGAGUCUCCAGCAAGUCCCUCCGUGCAUCAGGAGUUCUCCUCCUUCCCCAAAAUUUCAGCCAGACAGACCCCAACCUUUCUCAGGCCAGCGGAGCAGUGGGUAAAAUGAACAGCUGCCUUUUGUCUGCCUGGAGGUCUCCAGUUGGCCUCCUGCCACCUCUGAGCAUCCUGUGCCACCAGCCCUGCAGGAUGUCAUCAAGCAUCUCAAGUGUCUUUUUAAUUCAUCCAAGGGAAAAAAACCCCACAUUUAUCAUAAAAGUGUCUGCCCAGCAAAACAGACCAGUUUGCAGACUCUUGAAUGCUGAUUUGAUUUUUAAAGCAAGGGGCAACCAUUUAGCAGAGAUUCCCUCUUGCUUUACUCCUUCCCAGCCACACCUACAAGUGACAAAACAGCUCUGGUGAGAGCCCCCCUGCAGGGCUGGGUCCAGCUCUAUGGUCUCCAACACAGGAAGGACAUGGAGCUGUUGGAGAGAGUCCAGAGGAGGCCACAGAGAUGCUCAGAGGGCUGGAGCAGCUCUGCUCUGGAGACAGGCUGGGAGAAUUGGGGUGUUCAGCCUGGAGAAGAGAAGGCUCCAGGGAGACCUUAGAGCACCUUCCAGUGCCUGAAGGGCCUCCAGGAAAGCUGGGGAGGGGCUUGGGACAAGGACAGGGAGGGAAGGGAUGGGAUGAGGGGAAAUAGAGUAAAACUGGAAGAGGGGAGAUUAGGUGAGACAUGAGGAGGGAAUUCUUCACUGUGAGGGUGGUGAGAGCCUGGCCCAGGGUGCCCAGGGAAGCUGUGGCUGCCCCAUCCCUGGCAGUGUUGAAGGGCAGGUUGGAUGGGGCUUGGAGCAGCCUGGGCUGGUGGGAGGUGUCCCUGCCCAUGCGGGGGGUUGGAACUGGAUGAUCUUGAAGGUCCCUUCCAACCCAAACCAGUCAGUGAGCUUUCUGUUCUCAUGCUUCGGGUGACUCGGUUUCUCUAGGAACGGAACAAAAACACACAAGCUGUACAGCCUGUGAUACCACCAGACCCUUUCUGUUUGUAUCAUUAGGGUGAUCCAGAAGGUGUUACAAGCCCUCUGUGGUUGCUGUUCACCACACCUGGCUCCACAGAAACCUACAAACCUGUUCACAGAGGGCAAAACAACCCAGAGUGUUACAGAUAUUGGGGCUUUGUUUUCUCUUCUAUGUCCUUUGAGCCAUGUUUGCCAACGGGUUAUGUCUCUCUCUCUGUAAGACUUCCGUUGGUAGAAGGUGUUUCUCACUUUUCCACGUUCAGUACCUUUCCUCUGUGCUUUUUCUGCUAUUUAUAUAAGUUCAGGAAGAUGUCAAAGAAAAGGGAAAGAAGCAGUAUUAAAAAGUGUGUGCAUGAAGCACUUAUUUUUGUACGCCGAGUACAAUUGUUUGUAUAGAGUUUUAACACUGUGAAGUGUAGUGAAAAAAAAAAUAAUCUCACACCGUCCAUUUACUGGAGGUCAAUCGUGUGAAUGUUUAAAACAGAAUGAAGCAAAAAAAUGACAUCUCAAUCAUCCAUCACCAGGAGAUUAUAACUGGGGUUAAAUUCUGUAAAGCAAGUCUGUAAUUCUGGAAUAAUCUGAGGACAUUCACUGGGCUUUGAAAUAUCAUUAAAACUUUGUGAACUGA